AGUGCGUAAAGGUUACUACGGGGUUAGCGCACAUACACCAGGACGAACCAGCACCGAAGGCACCCGGCGAGGGAGGGAGCGCGUGCUCUGCUCUGUAUUUAAUGUGUUUGUGUGUGUGUGGUCCACUGGAUUAACUAGUGGGUGUGUGCCCGGUCUUUACCGCAAACCGGUGUGUGUGCGUUGGUGUCUGUCUUUGCGUGCAGCCGCUCCCCACGCAUUUUGAGCUUUCUAAUGGGAGAUCUGUUCUACCUACCUAUUGAUAGUCCGUGUAUUGCGACCUUCAAUGGACCUGUCUGUUUCUAACGGCGUGAAGCAGCUGCUACUAGCUGAUUGAGCGUGGACCACUGUCCCCGAGCGGGAAUCGACAACAAUUCUGUUGUUGCGGCAGUGGAUGCAUUUAGUAGUAUGUAACCUGUAGUUAUUGGCAAUGACGCCUCAGGCAGCGUAGACACGAAGAGGACUAAAGGUUUAAGCCUGUUCAUCGGAUUGAUCAUCGUUAUUACGCCAACAUGUCGAACCCAAGCAAAAGCAAGAAGGACAAAGAGAUAAUCGCGGAAUAUGAGAGCCAGGUGAAAGAUGUGCGGGCACAGUUGGUGGAGCAGCAGAGGUGUCUGGAGCAGCAGACUGAGAUGAGGGUCCAGCUGCUUCAGGAUCUUCAGGACUUCUUCAGGAAGAAGGCAGAGAUUGAGACAGAGUAUUCUAGAAACUUGGAGAAACUGGCCGAGAGGUUCAUGGCCAAGACACGCAGUACCAAGGACCACCAACAGUACAAAAAAGACCAGAACCUGCUAUCUCCAGUCAACUGUUGGUACCUGCUAUUGAACCAGGUGAGGAGAGAGAGUAAGGACCAUGCUACUCUCAGUGAUCUCUACCUGAACAACGUCAUCACUCGCCUAACACACAUCAGUGAUGACUCCGCCCGCCUGCUUAAGAGGAGUAAAGAGAUCACCUUCCAGCUUCAGGAGGACCUCAUGAAGCUCCUCAACGAGCUUUACACCGUGAUGAAGACGUACCACAUGUAUCACGCGGAGACGCUGAACGCCGAGACGAAACUCCGAGAAGCGGAGCGCCAGGAGGGGCGUGUCAAGACGGGGUCGAGCGGAGGGGUGGAGCCUGUGUUCGGCCUGCGGAUAGAGGAGCGCCACCAGAGACGUAACGCCGCCCGCAAGAUGGAGAAGAUGAGGGAGAAGAGGAAGGCAAAGUACUCCGAGAACAAGCUGAAGACACUGAAAGCGAGGAAUGAGUACCUUUUAACUCUGGAGGCCACCAACUCCUCUGUGUUCAAAUACUACAUCCAUGACCUGCCCGACAUCAUAGAUUGCUGUGACCUGGGGUACCACUCCAGUCUGAGCCGCGCGCUUAGGACCUACCUGUCAGCAGAGCUGAGUGUGGAGGCGUCCAGACGGGCAGGUCUGGAGGUGCUGGAGGGGGCAGUGGAAGGCCUGGAUCCUGCCCGUGAUAGACAGCGCCUGCUGGGCCUCUACCCCACCGCCUUCUGCCCCCCACCUCGCUGGAGCUUCCAGGCCCACAUGGGGGACACGGUGGCUCAGAUCGCCGCUCAGCCGCAGGUGCAGGCGGAGCUCACGCUGCGGCUGCAGCAGCUCCAGACACGCCUCGCCACGCUCAAGAUAGAGAACGAGGAGGUGAAGAAGACUUGGGGCGCCACACUGACCACCCUUCAGGACAUGACGGUGCUGGACGACUCCGAUGUGUCCCAGAGCUUUACCCACAGCCCGUCCUCUGAGUCGGUCAAAUCUAGCGUGUCGGACGGAUACCUGAACAAACCCAGCCUCGCCAAGAGGCGAGCCAACCAGCAAGAAACCGAGCUCUUCUACUUCACAAAGUUCCGUGAAUAUCUGGAAGGCAGUAAUCUCAUCUCCAAAUUACAAGCCAAACAUGACCUGCUGAAGAAAGCCAUGGCAGAGGGCUAUAUAACUGACAUGCUCACCACCAGCCGUGGGCGGAAAAACUCCCAUAGCAAACAUCAGGAUUCCACUAAAGCCAUUCCUCUACUGGUGGAGAGCUGCAUCCGCUACAUAAACCUCCAUGGUCUUCAACACCAGGGUAUAUUCCGGGUGUCUGGAUCACAGGUGGAGGUCAAUGACAUUAAGAACUCUUUUGAGAGAGGUAAUGACCCUCUGAUAGAUGAGGAGAGUAACCAUGACAUCAACUCUGUGGCGGGCGUUCUCAAGCUCUACUUCCGGGGGCUGGAAAACCCCCUCUUUCCUAAGGACAGGUUCAAUGAUCUCAUUUCCUGUGUCCGUAUAGAGAGUCUGUACGAGAGAGCCCAAUGUAUCCGGAAGAUUCUACUGGCAGCCCCACGGGCUACUCUGGUGGUGAUGCGGUACCUGUUUGCCUUUCUGAACCAUCUGUCCCAGUACAGUGACGAGAACAUGAUGGAUGCAGGGAACCUGGCCAUAGUGUUUGGCCCCACCCUGCUGCCCACCCCUGACACCCUGGACCAGGUGGCCUGCCAGGCACAUGUCAAUGAGGUCGUCAAAACGGUCAUCCUUCACAAUGACAACAUCUUCCCGGACACCAAGGAGCUGCCGGGGCCAGUCUAUGAGAAGUGCAUGACGGGAGAUCAGUACUGCGAGAGCCCGUUCAGCGAGCCAGGAGCCUUGGAGGAUGCAGAACCGGAUGGCGGCACAGAGACACAGACCAGUGAGGAGGAGGGGGAGGCUGUGGAGGCAGUUGCCAGGUUUGACUACGUUGGCCGUUCUGGACGAGAGCUCUCCUUUAAGAAGGGCGCGUCUCUGCAGCUCUACCAGAGAGCGUCACAAGACUGGUGGGAGGGGCGACACAACGGGACUCAUGGGCUGGUGCCUCACCAGUACAUAGUGCUUAAGGACAGGACUGACGCGAUGUCGGACACGCUCAGUCAGAAAACCGACAGUGACAGCGGGAACGGCAACACCUCAGGUUCUGACGACAAGAGAACCAGGUCCGACCUGAGCUCCCCCACUGACAUCAGACCACCGGAGGCCUACAACAGCCACCGCAGGAAGAGGACUGAGGGUCUUUUCCGUCGUCCCUUGGGACGCUCUAGCGACAGCCACUGUCAUGGUAAUGGAGGGGUGCUAGAGAGGAGCUCACCGCCUGUGACUGGCCACUUCAGCCCACGUGAGCUGUUACUGGGGCGGGGCCAGGGCAUGACUCCGCCCCUGGAUAGCCCGGAGCGCCGGCGUCGUUCUGCUGCCGCGGUAACGGUGAGUGUGAGCCGACAUGAUUCACUUCGCCGGCCUGAAGACACGCCCAUCCGCCGCUCCAGCAGUGGGCAGCACAGCUUCACUGAGUCCCACCGCUCCAGAACACUGGACCCAGACACAUUGGCACAGGACAUAGAGGAGACUCUGGGGGAACUGCGCCAGUUGGAGAGGCAGGGCUGCCGACCGGCCCCUGACGUGGUCCUGGACACGCUGGAGCAGGUGAAGAAUGGCCCCAUCACAGCCUGCUCCUCAGAGUCUCCCAGCCCCCACAGCACCCCGAGCACACCCGGCACACCAGGGACCCCUGGGACUCCGGGUACCCCCAGCCCCCUCAGCCCUUUAAGCCCCCUCAGCCCCCUCCCUGGGCCUCCCCCUGGACCCCCCAGGCCCUCCAACCCCUCCCCUGACACUCUGGGCUCCUUCAAGCCUGUGGCAGCGGCCCGCAUGGGGGCUCCCCUGCGCCCCCCUGCCCUGAGGCCCAAACCCCUGGUCCCCCCCAAGAGCAGCACCCCCCCUCUGCCCCCACCACUGGACAAGUCCUGCACCAUGUGAGCGAAAACAGGGCCGAAUCAGGCCGACCCAGGCCAAAACUGGGACAGAAGUGGAGAACAGGGUACUGCUUACUGUUAAUAAUCAUGAGGGUAGAAAACAGUAGGACAGGAAGGUGAAAAAAGGGUUUUAUGUAGUAAUAAUAAAAUAUAAUAUAUGAUAUGAAAUACGAUAUGAUAUGCCAUGAUAUUUAUGUGUGUCGUCAGGUUGGUGUGUACUCUUAGGUGUGUAGGAGUUUACUUUCUCCAUGUAUCGAAGCAUUUAUCAAAGGUUAGCUAGAGGACUGCUAAAUGGGAGGGGUAGAGGAAUAAACUGAGGCAGAAAUCCUGUCCUGUGUAUAAGAUGUAGUCAGAUACGUGGGAAGUGUAGUUUGCCCUCAGUGAACUGUAGUUUCCGUGACGUGAACGUUGACUGUAUUGUCAUAAAGAUAGGCUCCUCAGCUAGCGCGGGCCUAUCACGAAAGGCUGCUGUAUUCUUAGUGUGUUUCGAUUGGCUGCUGCGUUUACGGUGAGUGAUUUAAUUGGUCAUUGCAGAGUGAAAGCCUGUUAGGGGUGAGGAUGGUUCACACAGUGGGGAAGAGUAAGGAUGAUAGAAUGAUGUCUGUGUGAUUAUUUUAGUCCUUUAUCACUUGGUUCAGCUGCUAACUCACUUUGCCUCAAACAAAGCCUCUUGAGGUCAAUGUUGACAAAACUCACAUAUUUAACCAAUGUUCAGCUAUUUAAUGAAUGUUCCAGUAUUAAACGACUGUUCAGCAAUCUAAUGAAUGUUCAGUGGGCUCUGGUGUCACUAAAGUGGCGAUGACUCUCACUAGAUUAACAGCCUUCAUGUGUUCUGUGGACCUAUACCCAGACAGGAGUUGAAACAGGGUGGUGGUUUAGUGAUAGAGUGGAUACGAGCCUGGACUAUAACUUUUCUGGAAUGGGUGUGUGUGCACAAUUACUUAUUCUUUCCCAAUGGUGUGUCUGUGUGUGUGCAUGGGUGAUAGAGAAAGAGUACGUUGGUCUGUCUGUCCCUGCCUGCCUGCCUUCGUUCUGUUCUCUUGAAAGUGCAGAGGCAUUAAACAUGUUGGAUUAUUCAUGCUCGCCAUGAAAAGCCAAACAUGUGCAGGUUGGGGAUGGUUUGCGUGAUUGCCCAGCUGUGCGUUGUUUGGAAAAAAAAGCAUGUCACAUUGGCAAGGGUGUGUGUGUGUGUGUGGUCAUACGGUUUACCUGGUUAUUACUCUGAAGUCACUUGAUAACCUUAAAUUCACAGUAAGCUAACAGGAUGGGGCGCUGUGUUUAAUACCCCAAAACACUUGAACAGCACACUGAAUGUGGCCUCUUAACUGGGUGGGUGAUUGAUGCGAAUGUGUAGAGAAACGGAACGUGUGUUGCUAAAAUGGGCUAAGGGUGCGUGCAUCUGUUUGUGUGUGUGUAUGUGAAAGUGCCUUUUUUUUACCCUUGUCUUUUUGGGGAGUUGUGAUUCACUCGUGCAUGUACUGAACGAAGAGCAGCAGCACUCAGAAUGAAAUAAUCAUAGUGUUUAGUAGACUACUGAAUUAUGAAUUAUAGAGUUAAUCCAUUGUGACA